AUAUAUAUAUAUAUAUUGCGAGUGCUCCAGUACUCCCGCACGACACGUACCAAUGUACACAGUCGCGCCCAUGAAAAAAGAAUAAAAAAAGAUCGCCUACGGCGACGUGAUAUUCAUAUCUAGGAGCGAAAAGAGUGAUUUAAAAAUCAGAAAAUUAAAUAACUAAAGACUCUUUGUCGUACAACCGAAAGAAGAAGUUGAAGGUAUCUAUCCAUCCUCUCUUCAACUCCCCCCAAAGAGAAGAGAAUCCUCCCCCCCAAAAAAGAGAAAAAAAAUGUUAUCGAUAUCUGGAGACGCUUUAUCGCCACGUUGCGAGAUGGGAGCUUAUCGGGUUAUCUUCGUUUCGACACACUGACUAAUCGAUUAAAGGCUGAUACGUGUAAGGCUGAUACGCCGCUUGUCUUUCGUAAAUCAAUCUCCUUACAAGAAGAUCUCCCGCUGCAAUUUUGCGGAUCUCCCACCUGCGGAUAUAAUUCGAAGCGAGUAAAUGAAGCGUUGAAAAUGCUGAUGAAAGUGCUAUCUGAAAAUCGAGGAAUAUGCUAUUUACCGAAGUAAUGCAAGUCUACUGUUGAGAUGAUUCGAUCAGCCUCUAGAGAGAUUUUUGAAAAUAUCAAGACCCUCACCUUUGUCUGUUUUAGGCAGUGAACUUCUGUCGGUAUUUAUUAAAAGAACACAUAUGGCAUCAUAAAAACAUGGAACAGACUUGCUAAGUUUUAAAAAUGACAAGAGAUAUAUAUUCCCUAAACCCUGUGGCAAAUACAGUUUGCCGCAGGAAAUCUACACGUUACAUGAAGAUUCCAUUGAAGUCAACAGAGCAGAUAUAUCUUGUAUUCCUCAUACCAGUGUUGAUCAAUUGUUCUGUGUACAUUGUCCAUUUUGCUGCUGAUUUGGUAGUGGCUAUUCAAUACUUCAGGGAGGAAAAUCUAUUAUGGGGAAUAUGUACCCUUGCUUUUAUCUAUGCGCCAGCGCUCAUGUACUUUAUACUAACUGUUUCAAGGCCUGAUUGGUGGAUGACGGAAGAUGACAAGUUGACGAAAGGUGUUCUUAGGUGGUUCGCCAUGCAGAUGUGCCAAGUCAUAGGAUUUGUAUUUUUUGUCUUAUACAGAUACGCAGGACUUAUUGUGCUAUCUGUGGACGCCAUAAAUUUAACCGGAGAUGAAAGAGUUAAAACAUUAAAUAUCGCUGCGGCGCCUGCAGCCAUCGAAUUGUACUUUUUCUUGCAGGCAUGGUUCCAAGCUGCUCCACAGGCUGUCUUUCAAGCGCAUCUGCUCUUUAGAGAAAGUUCUGUGCUUCGCAGUCAUCAAUCAGUGAAAAUACAGGUGCUCUGCAUCACUAUGUCCAUUGUAAUACUGGCCAUCGAGACAGCUUCCUUUCAGAGAUUCGAAAGUCAACGUAUAAAUGGCAGAAAACUACCCUGGGCGAUGUGGCUGAAGAAAUAUUGUAUUGAGGAACGAAAUAAUAUCGAGGAAAAGGCGCCACUACAAGCGUUACCUUUACCUGCAAAGGAGCAAGAUACAAAGAUGACGCUGUCCGAAUCGAUGUUGCCGGAAAAUAAAUCAGAGAAUAUAACAGCAAACUUGAUCAUCGAAAACGAGCAGCAGCCUCAGAUUCAAUCGCAUGCAACUUUGCUGGAUCGUCAAAUAUCGGUGACUCCGCCCUUACCACAAAACGUGCACGUGACGCCGCCACCGACGCCGCUUCGCGGCAUCACGACGGUCAUGCCACUUCCGGUACCGGACGUGCCGGCACCACCGCGUCCGGAUUCUGUUUACAGGGAAGAUGAAGCGACGAAAGUAGCGGCGAGUCUCGAGUCAAAUCAAAGACUGAUAGGCAGCAGCGCGCAAAGCUUGCAAGUUCCUAAACGAAAGUAUUCGGAGAAGGGCCUUGAGGAGGAUGAUCCAGUGGGGAAAUUUCUGUCUUUUCUCUGGUGGUUCCUCUUCAUCCUAGCACGAGUAUUCGCCAUUGCUGUAGCCUAUGAGUUUUAUCCAACUACAGUAGUGACGAUUGUGGGUAUACAUUACGCCAUCAUGUUGGCUUACCUGUUCUACUACUCCAAAUAUAAAUACGAUGUCAUCACAAUUAUCGUCAAUCUCUGGCUUGGUUUGGUCUAUAUAUUCAGCUUGAUUGAAUAUCGGAUUAAAUUUAAAUACGCCGACUGGUGGACGUUGCCGUAUUACGCAUUCGUAAUCGUGCAGAACGUAGCGUUGACGCUCACAUGGUACUUGAACGCUGACUGGAAUGGAUUCUGGUACACUUACAUAUUCAGCGCGAUCUUCGGCAGCAUGACACUCUGCGUCCUGUCGUCCGCGGUGUACUAUGCAAUGUUUAAACCAAAGAAAUGCAGAGUAUAUAGCAGCUGACGGUCGCUAGAAAAUGCACUGUCCUUCAGAUAAAUCCAAGAUUUCUGAAAAUUAUACUUUUAUUUUUAUUUUUACACAGUGUGUAAAUAUAAAACUGUAAAUAUGAAGAAAUUGACUGAAUUCUUCGGAAGAAACAAGUCUUCUACAUUGGCGGCUUUCUACUCUCUAUUUACAUCUUAUUGACAUUUUUCGAGUUUUGAUAAAACUUUAAACUUUCUUGUGUUCAGAUAUCUCGAGAGUAUUUUUACGAAAGAAUAUUGUUUAUUAAACUUGUAUAUUUAUAAGCUAUUAUAUAUUACAACUGACUGUAGUUUACGCUAAUUCUAGAAUAUAGAAUAAUCGGUAGAUUUUUAGACACAAA